CGACACAAUACUGGCGGAAUUCUCUUGACUCGAAUGAAUGGAACCCUCUCCACCAUCUACGCCCUGUCCUCCGCCACAAUUAUUGAUUCAGUGGUAUUAUAUUAAAAAUCCUCAAGGCAUUUUCUCUUGAGCCUAUCAUGGAGUCAAUCAUAAAUGAACAAUUAUGAAUCUCCGAUGAAUCGAACUCAGAGACAAGGAAAAUGUGGUGUUGCUGUUGUACGAGUAUCGGGUAGUGCUGCCAUCGAAGCUCUCAGAAAAAUGACAAAUUUGACAAAUCCAGAACCGAGAAGAGCCUUCCUAAGAAAAAUAUUUGAUCCUGUUACGCGUGACGUAAUUGACAAGGGAUUGUGUUUAUGGUUUCCAGGUCCCACCUCUUUUACAGGCGAGGACAGUGUUGAAUUUCAAGUUCACGGUGGUUCAGCUAUCCUCCAAGCGAUAAUGUCAGCCCUAGGAAAGCUGAAAUUCCGACCGGCUGAGCCAGGUGAAUUCACGAAACGUGCGUUUUACAACGGAAAAUUAGACUUGACUGAAAUCGAAGGUUUGGCUGAUUUAAUUCACGCAGAAACUGAGCAGCAGAGAAAGCAGGCGCUGCUCCAAGCAGAUGGGAAUCUCAAAAAGCUGUACAAUAACUGGAAGGCUAUUUUAUCGAAGAGUCUAGCACACAUCGAGGCUUAUAUUGAUUUCAGUGAGGAUGACAACCUAGAGGGUAAUAUUCUCACGAUUACGAACCAAACCAUUAAGGAUUUGAUUUCAAUGAUAUCGAAGCAUUUAGCCGAUGGCAGAAAGGGGGAGAUCCUGAGAGUUGGGGUGAGAACGGCUAUCAUUGGUCGGCCGAAUGUUGGCAAGAGCAGUCUCAUGAAUUAUCUGGUUCAGAGAAAUGCUGUAAUUGUAACGCCAAUUGCUGGAACCACCAGAGAUGUCGUGGAAUUGAAUGCUAAUAUUUGUGGGUAUCCUGUGAUCCUAGCUGACACUGCAGGACUUGCUGAGAGGACACAGGAUAUUGUUGAGAUCGAGGGAAUUAGGAGAGCUAAAGGUUAUGCUAAACAUGCAGAUCUCAUUAUUCUGAUGAUCGAUGCAUCUUCAUUCGUGGCGAGUCAAUUGGAUUUUCCAGAGUACCUGAAAAAUUAUAUUAACCAAUUAGAGAUGAGUGAGAUUAUCUCAGCGGAUAAUGGGCUGUCAAGGAAUUGUGUUAUCGUUGUUAAUAAAACUGAUUUAAUUGAAGAGGAGGUAAAAAAAGAAUUGAGAAAAAUUGAGGCUGUUUCUAUUUCAUGUACCACUGAGGAAGGAUUUGGAGAGUUAAUGGAAUCGUUGGAGAAGAAAUUUCAAACGAUUUGUGGCAACCCAUCUCGAGAGGACCCGACGAUAAGUCAAGCGAGGCACAGGACGCACUUAACUAAUUGCGUGGAGUAUUUAGAAAAGUAUCUGGAGAUGAGUUCCAGGGAGAAGUACGAUAUGGUGAUAGCUGCUCAACAAAUUCGUAAUGCCAUGCGGGAACUGGGGAAGAUUACAGGCGAUAUUAGCACUGAAGAAAUUCUAGAUAUUAUUUUUACAAGUUUUUGUAUAGGAAAAUGAGAGGAAUAAAUGACAAAUUCAGUGAU